AUGGCCCCUCAACAACCAGCAAGCAUACAGCUGGAGACUGGAGAACCCAGCUCUCAGGACUCUGAGGAUGGGGAGAAAGAGGUCUCAGAACCCCUCUCUGCUUCACAGCACCCCACAGCCCUCAGCGCCCCAGAUGGAGGCUGGGGAUGGGUUGUCCUGGUGGCCACCAUCCUGGUCCUGGCCCUCACAUUAGCCUUUCCCUCCUGCGUUGGAAUCUUUUACACCGACCUUCAGACAGAAUUUCACGCGAGUAACAGUGAGACAUCGUGGGUGCCAUCCAUAAUGACAGCAGUCCUACAUGCUGGAGGCCCCUUGUGCAGUGUGUUAGUGGAAAGGUUUGGUUGCCGGGCAACAGUGAUGCUGGGGGGAGUGCUGAGUGGACUGGGGAUGGCGGUCAGUUCAUUCACAAACUCUAUCUUAGAGCUUUACAUCACCGCUGGGGUCAUCACAGGUCUUGGUUUCUGUUUUAGCUUUCAGCCUGCCGUGACAAUCUUGGGGCAUUACUUUGAGCAGCGCCGAGCCUUUGCCAAUGCCAUGUCAUCCACGGGUACGGCACUGGGCCUGUCCACGCUGCCUUUCCUGGGUCAUUACCUGCACAGUGAGCUGGGUUGGAGGGGCAGUUUCCUGGUCCUGGGGGCAGUGCUGCUCAACUGCUGUGUGUGUGGGGCAGUGAUGAGGCCUUUACGUCCCCAUAGACCUGGUUCCCAGUGGCCAUGUGCCAGCGUCAGCGUCGGCCCGGCCCCCCAGCGGGAGGAGGGGCUGAAGGGACAGUUCCAAGCAGCCUGGAGAAGCCUGGUGACCUCGCUGAGACGCCACAUGGCCUUCGAUCUCUUCAGCAGUAACCGGCGAUUCCGCGUCUUUGCAGUGGGCAUCACCUGGAUGAUGCUUGGGUUCGUGGUGCCACUGGUUUAUCUGGUGCCCUACGCCACAGCCCACGGCAUGGGGCAGAGCCAAGCUGCCCUGCUCCUGUCCAUCCUUGGCUUCGUCAACAUUUUUGUGCGGCCACCCAUCGGUUUACUCUUCAGCAUGCCUUGGUUCAAAGGCCGUCACAUCUACGUGUUCUCAGCUGCUCUGUUUGUGAAUGGGCUGAGUGACAGUAUCUGUUGCCUGGCAGCCAGUUUCCCCGUGCUGUUGAGCUAUGUGUUGAUUUACGGACUGUCCAUGAGUGUGGUGGGCUCUCUACUCUUCACUGUGCUCAUGGACAAUGUGGAGAUGAGUCGCUUCCCUUCCGCACUAGGCCUGCUCUCCAUUAUGGAGAGUGUUACAUUACUGAUCGGGCCACCCCUGGCAGGAAUCCUGGUGGACGCCACUGGACUCUACACUUACGUCUUCAUGGCCUGCAGUGUGUCUGUGGCCCUGUCAGCCCUCUUCCUCUUCUUAUCCUUUUAUUGGCUGGACAGAAAAGACAAGGCUCAGAUGGAAUCAGCCCCCACGCCCUCAGCAAAACCGCUGGUCCCCUUAGUGCCAGACUGCCAGUACCGCAGUGUGCCUACAGAGGGCGAUAAAGUAAAAGCCAGCAAUGUGGUGUCAGAGUGCACCACAAGUGUGUGA